AAAAAUUGUGUAGGGGGGCUUUGUGUUAGAGUUAGGGGAAAGCUUGAAAAGGGGGAAGGUAGUUUAAGGGGGAAUCACUGUAGUCUAGGGGAUUUUCAGAAGUUAAAGGGUUCUCCUGAUCGCUGAAUAGGGGUCUUCCUUAUUAAUAACAGUUGAAACAGCAAAAAAGGCAGUGCAGAGUUUACUCUUGGGGGAAUCUGCUGUUGGAUUGUACUUUUUUUAUUUAUUUUUUCCCUGGAAGUGUUCCCUCUGGUUGUGGGGGUGCUCACCAUGCCUCAGUUAAACAGCGGAGGAGGGGACGAAUUGGGUGCCAAUGAUGAACUGAUCCGUUUUAAGGAUGAGGGGGAGCAAGAGGAUAAGAGUCCCGGGGAAGGUUCCGCUGAAGGGGAUCUAGCUGACGUCAAGUCUUCCUUGGUCAACGAGUCUGAAAAUCAGAGCAGCGACUCGGAUUCAGAGGUAGAACGACGGCCCCCUCCGAGAGAGAGUUUUGAGAGGCAUAGAGAUUACCUGUCUGAAGCAUUCAGGAGACAACACCAAGAUGCUGCGUUCUUCAAAAGCCCACACUAUGCUGGAUAUCCCUUUCUGAUGAUUCCUGAUCUUGGCGGCCAUUAUCUUCCCAAUGGUGCCCUUUCCCCGAGUACCCGCACGUAUUUACAGAUGAAAUGGCCGCUUCUAGAUGCCCCCAGUACAGCUGGUUUGAAGGAUGCCAGAUCCCCAUCCCCUGCCCACCUGUCUAACAAGGUCCCAGUCGUUCAGCAUGCGCACCACAUGCACCCACUUACCCCACUCAUCACUUACAGCAAUGAACACUUUUCACCAGGGACUCCUCCUGGACAUUUGUCACCUGAGAUAGACCCCAAGACAGGAAUCCCCCGACCGCCUCAUCCCUCAGAAUUGUCACCUUAUUACCCACUCUCCCCCGGUGCUGUGGGGCAAAUUCCUCAUCCACUGGGCUGGCUUGUACCACAGCAAGGCCAGCCUAUGUAUUCCAUACCACCAGGUGGAUUCAGACACCCAUAUCCCACUUUGGCCAUGAAUGCCUCCAUGUCAAGUUUGGUUUCCAGCCGUUUCUCUCCACACAUGGUGCCACCUCCUCACCAUAGCCUGCACACAUCGGGCAUCCCUCACCCUGCUAUUGUCUCACCAGUUGUAAAGCAGGAACCUUCCUCUGGGAAUAUGAGUCCUAACCUCCAUUCGAAGCCUAUGGUGGUGAAGAAAGAGGAAGAGAAGAAGCCUCACGUUAAAAAACCCUUGAAUGCCUUUAUGCUUUACAUGAAGGAGAUGAGAGCCAAAGUAGUAGCAGAAUGCACAUUAAAAGAGAGUGCCGCAAUCAACCAGAUUCUGGGUCGCAGGUGGCAUUCUUUAUCACGUGAGGAACAGGCCAAAUACUAUGAGCUAGCACGAAAGGAACGACAGUUGCACUCUCAGCUCUAUCCCACGUGGUCUGCAAGGGACAACUAUGUAAGUGUGACAGGAAAAAGAAAGAAACGGAAGCGAGAGAAGCAAAGCCAAGAAAUGGAACAUACAGUCUCCAAGCCCAAGAAGAUGUGUGUCCAGCACCUUCCAGCUGAUAAAUCAUGUGACAGUCCAGCCUCCUCCCAUGGCAGUAUGUUGGACUCCCCAGCCACUCCUUCCGCGGCCCUGGCCUCACCUGCAGCACCUGCAGCCACACACUCCGAGCAGGCCCAGCCUCUUUCCCUGACCACCAAACCGGAAGCCAGAGCUCAUCUUUCUCUCAGCCACUCAGCCGCCUUCCUGGCCUCUAAAUCCCCUUCGUCCUCAAGCUUCUCAGGACACCUAUCCUCCCCAGUGGGCUCCCCACUGCUUUCACGGCCUAUACCAAUCACAUCCUCCAUGUUAUCUCCAGGAGUCUUUUCUCCAGGUCUGCCAGUUUUCUCUCCAGCUCUCCAGUCACAGCCCCUCUCUCUGGUGACCAAAUCCAAUGACUGAUAUAAUAGACAGGGCUUUGACAGUUGGUUGUAUUUUCAGGAACCAGGGACUCUUUCACUACAAAGCAAGAGCAGAUCUGCAUAUGCAUCAUUCUGCACUAGUUUGUGUGUAUAUAUACAUAUAUAUAUAUAUAUAUGUCUUUGCAGAAGGAGACUUUGCUCUGCACUGAUGUGUGUGUGCGCAUAUAUAAGUAUCUGCAGAUAAAGACACCUGUGCACUGGUAAUAUAAUACUCUGCAGAUAUAGACAUUACUCUGCACUAAUAGGGGACACUACAGCUAUAUGUUGCCACAUUUCUCUGCACUGAUAUAUAUAUAUCUAUAUAUCUAUAUCUCUGCAGAUUUCAACACAUCUGCUUUAAUCCCAAAGCUCUGUAGAUAUGUGUGUAAAAGAGUUGGAUCUGCAAAUAGCAGGACAAUACCAAGUGCAAGCCCAGAUGAAUAUGGAGAACUUUGCAGAUGUUUACAGAUCUACCCCUAGGGCUUUUGGUACACUGCUCAUUUUUAAAGACCUUGCAGAGUUAUUCAUGGAACUGCUCAUAAACAACCUUUUUUCGGCAUAGACUUUCUCCUCUCCAGCAACCAGUGUAUUCAAUAAAGAUGGCUGCCAAUGGACCCAGAAUGAUUAUUUGGUCAAUAUUUGACCUGGAGGAUUCACCCCUAGGGCGGCAGAAAAAAAAGUUCAUCCCCUUUUAAUUUUUUUUUUUAAUAAAAUAUUGCCUGUAGUUUCAGUUAAUUUUUCUUUUUUUUUCCUUGUUUUCUUUUCUUUAACACGGAAAGUAAAAAGAAAAAAAAUAAAUUGAUUUCUAAUGAGUAUCACCAUGUAGGAUGUAAAUUGUACAUACCAAAGUGGUCAGAGGGAAGGGGGUGGUGCAUGCUUUUUCAUUUGUGUGGGAGGUGGGGGAAAGGUGUUCAUUAUUUUUUUUUUUUUUUUUUAAACUUACAUCUUUUUAUUGGGGGCUUGAGAAACAUACCCAUUUCUUUUCACUGAGUGAGUCUGGAAGAAAAUAUCACAUUUCUAAUGCUGCUGUGGCAUUUUAGGACAUAAUGUGUCCUUUAUUUUUGUUUUUCUAUUUCUGCGUGUUCAACAGAAUUUCCAUGUAUUAUUUUUUUUUUCCAUCCUUUUCCCCCUUUUCCAUUCUUGUCUUUUCUCCAGCGUCUUUUUUUUUUUUUUUUUUUUUUUUUUUUUUUUUGGGACAAGGUAAAAAUACUUUGAAAAAUGUGACUUUUUUUGUAACAAAAAUAGAAAAUAUAUUGUGUUUUAAAAUAUUAUAGGGGUGUUUUUUAUUUGUUCCUACAUACAUACAUUUUGUUUCCCUUUUUACUAUGGUUUGUAAAAGAUUUAUAUUCUUUUGAGGGAACUGCAAAUAAGAUCAAAUCCGGAAAUAAAAUAGGCUGUCCAUUGCUUGGCAUUUGAAUGGGUUAAAAAUAAAGCCUAUGGAACCUAAUAAAGAAAAUUACAUUUAUUUUA